AUGAAUCCGGAUGCUCAGUCCUUUGGCGAGCGCAGAGGGCAUCGGCUCGCUCCGCUGCAGACCAAUUUUAGCCGACCAACGGCUUCUUCGAAAUCCCAGUCACGACUGCAACGUCCGCGGCCGACGGAUUACCCCAGUACCAAUGGCUCAGAAGGCCCAGUCCCGCUUCAAAGUCCGGUUACGGUAAAAAGGCAAUCUUCCAAAACAAGUUUGCGCAAUCUUUUUGGUCGCGAUAAAUCUUCGCGCGUUCCCGAGCCGAAGCUGGAGGAAGUUGACGAGUCCCUACCCGAACCCCAGACGGCCAUCUUUAGUGAGGUGCCAAUGUCGCCCUCACUGAUGAGUCCCCGUACGAUUGAAUCGGCCCCUACGAUUACUUCUCCGAAGACCGCCCAACGUCCUCGCGCGACAUUGAAGACCGCCCGUCCAAGACCGCAGGAGGGAAACUUAUCCAAGCAGGACCAAUAUGGCUGGAAACCGCCCCCGUUAUUCCAAGCAUACCCCCAAUCGACCAAGCAUGACACCCUCUCCGCGCCUGCGCUUUCCGCCGACUCGAUCUUGCGCUUGCACGCGAUGCAGGCGAAAAACUCGACCGAUGGAGGCACUGUCAAUGCGCUGGAACAAGAUGAGGCUGCCAAUGCUGCUCGUAAGAAGCGCGAACAAAAAGAGAGAAAGCACCUGAGGACACUUUCUGGUACCAUCAACAAGGUGGAAUGGAUGCAGAAGAUUUAUGUACUGGCUACUGCAGGGUACAUCCUGCAGUAUGCAGGGGAUGGAAAGCACGAUCGCCUCCCGGAGAAAAUGUUGCUGUUGGGUCCCAGUUCUGUCGCAUUUGCCAGUGAUGCCAUUCCGGGCAAACAUUGGGUUCUUCAAGUGUCUCAUAACCCUUCGUUGGACCCAAAUUCCAUCGUGCCUGAGCCUCCUAAGCCUCGUUUCUCGCGAUUUGGCUUCCCACGAUCUAAUACCCGACGCUUUGCAGGCAGCUUCCUCCUCAUCUUCGAUAACCCGGAUGCAAUGAUCGGUUGGUUGACAGCUGUGAGGGAAGAGAUUGAGAAACGGGGAGGACCGAAGCUCACGCAGGAGAAGCACUCUGAGGAUGAGAUACCUCAAUUGCGAUCUAAGUCGAGCAUCAGACAGAUGGUGAAGAAGGACCCCCAUCGUAUCUCCAGUCUGUUCCUUCAGCCACAAACGCUUCAAUCUCCAACUGAGGAGGAUGAUGGACAAUCUGUCGGUGGCACGACCUGGCAAUCCCGCCGUAGUUCAUACGUAUCAGUCAAUCGCCGAUCCAUCAUUGAGUCUCGAUCUGGAUCUGUAUCGACAAGUCGAACUGAAGCUACAAAUCCCGCGAACGGAUCCGGAAUCUCCUCUGUUUCUGAUCUGCGUUCCUCGUCAUUUACUUCAAACGUUCCCACCUCGCCGGUAAACGGUGGUUUCAUAUCUGAUGAGCCUCUGCCUGAAGAGGCCGAGCGCCAUCUUACGCGCAGUCCGCCGUCUUCGAGUCAUGGAGUUCGACUGUCUGUGUAUACGUCUCCGCUGCCGCCUCUGCCCAUAAAAGACGUGAUGGAGGACCGGCAAGCCCCUUCGCCGCCUGUGCCUGAGAAUCUGAUCCGGUGUGCAUCACCCCCGGCGCCAAAUUUCAGCGUUCCCUCGUUUAGCAAGAAAUUCGUACCCAGAGGUGGACCAGUGUCAACCUCCCAGGCUUCCCCGCCUCUGUCAGGCAAUGCGUUCUCUCGCCGAGCUGAUCAGGCCGAUCCCAAUAUGUCUACAUUCUCUUCUCCGCCACAGUCUCCAACAUUCAGCGUUGCCAGUUCGCGUCACACGGAUUCGUCCGAACCUAGGCGUAUUCUGCGUGUGUCUAACUCGGAAGAUGCAUUGGCAAGGACGGUGCGGUCUACCCAAAAUAGCUCCAUCUUUUCCCGCAUGCCUCGAGCACCACCUCCGACGGGACCACUGCCCGAUCCGACUGCUUCCUCUCGCCCUUCGAGCAUAGUCGGCCGUCCGGGAAUGAGUCCUCAGGCUAGUAGCGAGCCACACGUUCCCACUGCUCCUGCUGCUGCUCCCCCGGCUGAUCCAGCGCCACGCAACAGAGUCUCGACUGUGUAUCCCGAUAACCAUCCCUUUAGCAUAUCCCGCCGCAAGAGCAUGCCAGGCCUGGGCUUGUCAAUUGGACCCGCUGCACCGCCUCCCAAUUGUCCCCUUCCCAAGCUUCCUUCCCUUAUGAAUCCCGCUGGCACUGCCGCAGCGACCCCCGCUCCUGCUCCUGCUGCAGUUUCAUCGCCACAGAUGUUAUCGCCCUUGUCUCCGACUUCUCCGAUGGAACGGUUCUACGGAUCCCAGCCAGUGCGAGACCAUGUUGAAGAUUGUCGAGUAAGCGGUAACAAGCCUGGGGCCCCAACAGCUCAAACAAAACCACAUGCGAAAGUUCGGCACUCGAAACUGGUUAAAGGACCACCAGUAUAA